AGUGAGGUCGUCUCUUGCAGAAACCUGGGACUCUCUCGUUAAUAGAAACUGGGCGACCUGUGAUUGUGUUUGUGCGGAGCUGCAGUCCCGAUAAACUCGGAGGGAUUAUAUAACCACAACCCGUUUUACAGCGGGUCUUUACUUUAAAACCGUCCGAGUGUGCAGGAACACAAAUGGGUGAAAAGGAGCAGAAAGGCCCAGGCGGAGUCAGAUAUUACAGACUGUCGGAGAUCGAGGGGCAAAACACAUUCAAAUCAACGUGGAUCAUCAUCCACAACAAAAUCUACGAUGUCACCAGGUUUCUGGAAGAGCACCCAGGAGGAGAGGAGGUGCUGAAGGAGCAGGGAGGAGGAAACGCCACCGAGAGCUUCGAGGACAUCGGCCACUCCACCGACGCCAGAGAAUUGGCCAGCAGCAUGGUGAUCGGAGAGCUGCACCCGGACGACAGAGACAAGAUCGCCAAACCUGUGGAAACACUGGUGACCACUGUGAAGCAGGAGACCAGCUGGACCAACUGGUUGAUCCCUGCUGUGGUGGCGGCCAUCGUUACGCUGAUUUACCGCACCUACAUCGCAGAGAGCAACUGACAUCAUCGGACGUGCUGCUGUGAUGUCAUCAACAGUCCCAUUUCCCAGGUUGUGAUUGACAGCGGCAUUAGCGGAGUGAACGACCAGCUGCUACGGACCAACGACCGCCUGAGCCUCAGAGGGACAUCGUCGCUGUCCCCCCCACAGUACCCCGAGCAUUUCAUACUGCUUGACCAACCGAUCACAUGGCACUGUGUCAAUGAAGU